GGGCGGGCGGCAGUGCUCGCGCCCCGCCCGCCCUGAGCGCACGCCCGCGCGGCUCCCGAGACGCACCAACUCUCAACAGACGUUCCAAACUCAAAAGUGACAAGUGAACAGUGUAGUUUUGUUUUUCUCCCCACAGCGAGUUUCCAGCCAGGCUAGUCAGUGCUGAGCCAAUUUUAAUUGAAGUUUAAUUAGGAGUGCCCGGACCCCGGGGAGUGCCUUCUUCAACAUCGGACAGGAUCUACAGCGCCGCUUCAAAUUCAAGACACAAUUCCUUCACCAUGGAGCGAGCAGGCCCCGCGUCAUCGCCAGUGACCGCCACGCCGCCCCGCUCCGCUGGCCUAUUCAGCUAAUCACCAUGGUGAAGUGAGACAGAGUGAGACGAUGCGUCCAAGUUAAGUGCGAGUGAGAUGCCUUACUACGGGUACGGGGAGGGGGGGUCGAGUGGCAGCGAGGAGUCGGACUCGGAGGGCGCGCUGAGCUCCAGCUCCAGCGACCAGGGGCUGCCGUUCCCGGGGUUCACUCCGGUGGCGCUGCGGUACCUCACGCAGGACAGCCGGCCCCGCAGUUGGUGUCUCAAGCUCAUCACCAACCCAUGGUUCGAGCGGAUAUCGAUGCUGGUGAUCCUGCUGAACUGCGUGACGCUGGGCAUGUACCAGCCCUGCGUGGACGACCAGUGCGUCACCAACCGCUGCAAGAUACUACAGGUGUUCGAUGACAUAAUCUUCGCGUUCUUCACGCUGGAGAUGGCGGUGAAGAUGGUGGCGAUGGGCGUGUACGGGCACGGCACCUACCUGGCCGACUCCUGGAACCGCCUCGACUUCUUCAUCGUGCUCGCCGGAGCCCUCGAGUAUGCCCUGAACGUGGAGAACAUCAACCUGUCGGCCAUCCGGACCAUCCGCGUGCUGCGCCCCCUGCGCGCCAUCAACAGGAUACCCAGCAUGCGUAUCCUGGUGAUGCUGCUGCUGGACACGCUGCCCAUGCUGGGCAACGUGCUGCUGCUGUGCUUCUUCGUGUUCUUCAUCUUCGGCAUCGUGGGCGUGCAGCUGUGGGAGGGCAUCCUGCGGCAGCGCUGUGAGCUUGUGCUGCCGCCUAAUGUCAUCAGGCCCAACGUGUCAUUCUACUACGAGUUCUCGAAGGAGCUGGACUACAUCUGCACGACGCCGGAGGACAGCGGCAUGCACCACUGCGGGGACUUCCCCCCCUACCGCUACGGGCAGCUCGUCUGCAAUGACUCAGCGAAACCGUUCUCCUACAACCACCCCACCAACUCGUCGUGCGUCAACUGGAACCAGUACUAUACGAAUUGUACGCAAAGAGGAUCCAACCCGUUCCAGGGGACGAUUUCCUUUGAUAAUAUAGGACUGGCUUGGGUCGCCAUUUUUCUUGUGAUAUCGUUGGAGGGGUGGACGGAUAUAAUGUAUUAUGUACAAGACGCUCACAGCUUUUGGGACUGGAUUUACUUUGUGUUAUUGAUUGUGAUCGGCUCAUUCUUUAUGAUCAACCUGUGCCUCGUGGUCAUCGCGACGCAGUUCAGCGAGACCAAAAAGCGCGAGAUGGAGCGAAUGCGCGCGGAGCGAGCUCGCUUCACCAGCUCCUCCACUCUCGCGUCGUCGACCAACAAUAGCGAGCCGGCCACGUGCUACGCCGAGAUCGUCAAGUAUGUGGCGCAUCUGUGGAGGCGGUUCAAGAGAAGGAUGGCGAAGAAGAUCAGGGUGUACCGCUACCAGCGCGCGCAGUCGCAGUGCCGGCGCAGCCGCGAGACGCUGCAGCUGCCCGCCCACAAGCCCAAGCAGCACCACCCCUGCUGCCCGAGGGUGCACCCACAGGCCAACGGGGGCGCCAAGGAGGAGAUAGGGGCGGGCGACGAGCCCACCGGCCGGCCUAGCCUGCUGCGCGUGCCCUCGCUCUCCGCCGCCGAUUUAGAGAACACGUCCAACCUGUCGCUGCUGUCGCCGCCGUCGCUGGCGCGGCGCCGCUCGUCGGUGAUGUUCAGCGACACCGUGCUUCUGCACGCGCCGCCGCCGCGCGCCGCGCAGAACAACGUGUGCUGCUCCGAGAAGAUGACGCAGACCGAGUUCGAGCUGCCCCCUGGCGAGUCGGCGGAGGCGCGCGCGGCGGUGGGCGGCGCCAUGUCGUGCCAGGAACUGCUGGCGCUGUCGGGCGCGCUGUCGGCCGCGCUGCCCACCGGCCAGGUGGCUCUCGACACCUUCUUCGAAGAACUGACCAAGGGGAUCAGUAAGCGGGCGGGGGAGGAGAAGACGGAUUCUAAGAUCGUAGAGAUGGAGGACUACUCCUGCUGCGCAGAGCUCCUGGCGGCCGAGAUCGUGGCGCGGGAGAACCGGCGCGGGCGCCUCCACCGCGCCGCCGCGUGCGUGUGGCGCCACGUCGCCGCGCUGCUGAGCAAGCAGAGGAAGUUCGUGAAAGUGAUGGUGGACCACAAGUACUUUCAGCAAGGCAUACUGCUGGCCAUCCUCAUCAACACUCUAUCCAUGGGCAUCGAGUACCACAACCAGCCGGAAGAACUCACAGUCAUUGUGGAGAUCAGCAACGUUGUCUUCUCCGCCAUCUUUGCCGUAGAGAUGCUGCUCAAAGUCAUCGCUGAAGGACCCUUCAAGUACAUCGCCAAUGGGUUCAAUGUCUUUGAUGGAAUCAUCGUUAUUUUGAGUGCCUUUGAGUUAACCCAAAGCUACGGAACUGAAAACGGGAAUGAGCAGGCGGGCAACUCCGGACUCUCAGUGUUGCGCACAUUUCGACUCCUGCGCAUACUGAAGCUAGUCCGCUUCAUGCCUAACUUGCGCCGCCAGCUGUUCGUCAUGCUGCGGACCAUGGACAAUGUUGCCGUCUUCUUCUCUCUGCUCGUUCUCUUUAUCUUCAUCUUCAGCAUCCUCGGUAUGAACCUCUUCGGGUGCAAAUUCUGCGAGAAAGAUGAGGAUGGCGACCAAGAGUGCGACAGAAAAAACUUUGAUACGCUCUUGUGGGCAUUUGUCACGGUGUUUCAGUUUUGCAAGUUCGUGGACGACAACGGCAACGAGCGAGAUUGCACGUGUCCCGAGAUCAUCUCGCACCACCCCAAGUGCGAGUGCGACAGGAAACACUUUAAUAACAUCCUGUGGGCGACCGUCACCGUGUUCCAGGUGUUAACUCAGGAAGAUUGGAAUGUUGUGUUGUUUAAUGGUAUGGAAAAGACGAGUCACUGGGCUGCCCUUUACUUUGUGGCUCUCAUGACUUUUGGAAACUAUGUCCUUUUCAAUUUGCUAGUAGCCAUUCUCGUCGAAGGAUUUAGCUCAGAGAGAAACGAGAGAAGAGAACGCGAGCAAAGGGAAUUGGCUAAAUCUAAAUUGUCGAGUGAAAUAUUUUCUGAUAACAACGACAUGAAUUACGAUGACUCAUCGAGCUCUUCCAACGAUAGCUUCUCGCAGAAUGAAAUAAAGAACUACUGGCGCUCAGCCGAUGACGUGCGUAGAACUAAAGACCACGUGAACGGGAACAAGGAGAAACUGAUGCGGUCCCGCAAGAGGACGAGGACUUCCAUCCACCACCCCACCCUCUGCAAGGAUUGCGCGCAGUCCAACAAAUGCAACAUACAGAAGGAAUCAAAAAUGCUUGCGGGUAGCGCUGGUGUGUCAGAGUCCACUGUGGUUCCAAUGAUCACCACCACAGCCGCCACUCCACAAGACUCCCCAUCUACCACACUGGAGCCUGGGGCUUCGUUCAGAGACUUCAACAUAUCUUUGAACCUGGAAAGAUCAUCCAUGCUAUCCAGUCUGGACUCCAUCGACAGGACUUCGUGUGCCAGCAUACCAGGGCUGCUGAAACCACCAAACAGUUACACUCUGACUCUGCACUCAGCGGCUUCGCAGCUACGCUCGGAGAAGGCUCGUCUGCCGCCGAUGUCGCUAGCCCCGCCCCCGCUAUCUCUGGCCCCACCCCCUUCACGGUCCUCCACUCCUGGUACUCCGACCGUGCCCAGGUCGUCGCCGUCACCCAUCAUGCCGGAGAAGAACCUUCAAGUUACUACGGCUAAGGACGAUAACUGCUUGAAUGUUAGCGAUAAAUCCAGUUUGCUCAGCUCUCAGAAGAGUGUGAGCGUGUCAGCAGCGACGGUGAACGCCGACGAGCGGUGCCGCGUGCAGCGCGGGUACAGCUGGCGCCUGUCCCGGCCCAGCCUCCGGAGGAAACCCAAGCACAGGACCGGCUCCGACUCUGACGCCAUCAUCCUCAACAAUGGGAGGGACCAUGCUUCCUGUAAUGGGUCAUCUCUCUUCAAGAACGAGCUGCUCCUGUCCUCUUCCAUCGUGAUAAAGAACGACACGACGUCGGAGCUGGGGGGCCGGACCCGCGCGCUGCCAGCGCCGCGUGUGCUGGCCGCCCCCGCGCGCCGCGUGUCCGCACACGCCGCGCCGCUGCUGCCUGAUGUUUCAUGGAAGGCUCCUGAAGCUGGGUUCUCGUCGGAUUCGACGGUGAUGCUGGACCGCGCGCGCCCCGCGCCCCGCACUCCGCCGCACCGGCUGUCCCUGACUAAUGACUACCUCACUGUGACGACGACAGAGGUGAAGUCAAGUAACCUGUCGCCGUCGGUGUCGCCGCCGCCCCCGCGCUCGCCGCCCCCCGCACGCCCCAACAACCAGCCACUGCCACUCAUCAAGCAGAUUAAUGAAGAGGUGGUCAUCAGCAAUAAUGUGACAAUAAUAUCUCCGGUGGAAGAGCCAAAAAGGUUUCGAGUGAAAGAUCUCUUCAGAUUCAUGGAACCGACGGGAUGUCUGAAGGAGAAAGAAGAUUUCUCUCUCUACAUAUUUUCACCGAAAAACAAGAUAAGACGAUUUUGUACAUGGAUGGUGACAAGGAGUUGGUUUGAUAACAUCAUUCUGCUCUUCAUAGCGCUCAAUUGUAUAACUUUAGCGAUGGAAAGACCGAAUAUCCCUCCUGAUUCCAAAGAGAGAUAUUUUUUAUCGACCGCCAAUUACGUUUUUACUGGAGUUUUCGCUGUUGAAAUGUUCAUCAAAGUGGUAGCAUCUGGAAUGUUCUACGGGCACGAAGCGUACUUCACCUCGGGGUGGAACAUCAUGGACGGUUCUCUCGUCAUCAUCUCCAUCAUUGACCUGCUUAUGUCUUUGUUGUCUGAGUCCAGUCCAAGGAUAUUUGGGAUAUUGAGGGUUUUCCGGUUACUAAGGUCUUUGAGGCCGCUGCGAGUGAUCAACCGGGCGCCGGGACUGAAGCUAGUGGUCCAAACCUUGCUGUCUUCUUUGAGGCCCAUCGGAAAUAUCGUCCUCAUCUGUUGCACCUUCUUCAUUAUUUUCGGUAUAUUGGGUGUGCAAUUGUUCAAAGGUGCAUUUUUCUACUGUGAAGGAGCUAACAUAAAGCACGUGAAGAACAAAACGGACUGUCUAGCUAUAGAAGGGAAUGCUUGGGUCAACAGGAAGUAUAACUUUGAUGACUUGGGCAAGGCUCUGAUGUCCCUUUUCGUGCUUAGCUCAAGGGAUGGAUGGGUCAACAUCAUGUACACUGGACUCGACGCUGUUGGUGUAGAUCAACAGCCAAUAGUGAACUACUCGGAAUGGCGGCUGCUCUACUUCAUAGCGUUCAUCCUUCUGGUGGGGUUCUUCGUGCUGAACAUGUUUGUGGGCGUGGUGGUGGAGAACUUCCACCGCUGCCGCGAGGAGCAGGAGAAGGAGGAGCGGGUGCGGAGGGCCGCCAAGAGACAGCUGCAGAUGGAGAAGAAGAGACGAAAAAUGCACGAAAGGCCAUACUACGCUGACUACAACCAAACCCGGUUGUUCAUUCACAACGUUGUAACAUCCAAGUACUUUGACCUGGCCAUAGCCGGGGUCAUCGGCCUCAACGUGGUCACCAUGGCUAUAGAGUACUACAGGAUGCCUCCCGCACUGCAGUACGCUUUGAAGAUUUUCAACUAUUUCUUCACAGCCGUCUUUAUACUUGAGGCCAUAAUGAAACUGGUUGCGCUGGGAUUCAAAAUAUAUCUCAAAGAUAAGUGGAACCAACUUGAUGUAAUCAUAGUGAAGCUAUCCAUAGUUGGGAUAGUGUUAGAGGAAUUGGAAACUAAUAUUAUACCGAUUAAUCCGACAAUAAUGAGGGUAAUGAGAGUUUUACGAAUAGCCAGGGUAUUAAAGUUACUGAAGAUGGCUAAAGGCAUUCGAGCCCUGCUGGACACUGUGAUGCAAGCGCUGCCUCAAGUUGGAAACCUGGGACUGCUAUUCUUCCUGCUGUUCUUCAUUUUUGCCGCUUUGGGAGUUGAGUUAUUCGGGAGAUUGGAAUGCUCAGACGAGAUUCCCUGUCAAGGUCUGGGCGAGCACGCGCACUUCGCCAACUUCGGCAUGGCGUUCCUGACGCUGUUCCGCGUGGCGACGGGCGACAACUGGAACGGCAUCAUGAAGGACACGCUGCGCGAGGACUGCGACAGCGCCGUGGACUGCGUGCGCAACUGCUGCGUCUCCACCGUCAUCGCGCCCAUCUUCUUCGUCGUGUUCGUCCUCAUGGCCCAGUUCGUGCUCGUCAACGUCGUCGUGGCAGUCCUGAUGAAGCACCUAGAGGAAUCGCACAAGCAAAUGGAAGACGAGAACGACAUGGAUGUGGAGCUGGAGCGAGAACUGGAGCGGGAAGCCGACGACGAAGAGGAUCGAGCUUUAUGUCGGGCUCUGGAAGGAUUUACAUCACCUCAGCUGCCCUUGAACAAGGUACCGUCACUACCUGCUAACUUCACGUACAGCGAGCCGCGAGUGAGUGCGCCGUCGCCCGCGCGGCUGGCGUCGCGCCGCCGCACGCUGCACUCCGCGCACGCGCUGCUGCCCGCCGCCGCCUCGCCGCCCGCCUCGCCCCCCUCGCCCCCCUCGCCCCCCUCCGCCGCGCUGUACGAGGAGGACGCGCGGUUCAUCGACGCGGACGAGGCGGAGGAGCUGGAGCCGGGCAGCCCGCCGGCGCCGCGGCCCAACCGCCGCACGCGCAGCGACGCGCCGCGCCGCCCCGCCGAGUGCGCGCGCCUGCUGGCCGUGCCGCGCCCGCGCCCGCGCCCCGCGCCGCCCGACGCCGCCCCGCUCAGCGAGCGCGACGAGAUCCGCAUCGUGAUCGCCGAGCGGCGGCGCGUGGACGCGGCGCGCCCCGCCGACCCCGCGCCCGCCACCCCCGCGCCUGCGGGCUCCUAGUGCCGGCGCGGCCGCCCACCCCUACAUACCGAGGUCUACAUCUAGACCCCGCGUCUCACCCCUACCUUUCCCCUCUAGUCCUCUCCAGUGUGCAGGAAACUGUUAAAGUUUGAACUCGGUUGCGGAACAGUGCAGUGCGGAACUUGUCUGGAACGUGUUAAAGUUUGAGUGCGGUGUGAGCUCGAGCUUGUCAGUGAUGUGUUAAGUGCGAGAAUGAUUUCCUACUUUGUCUCCCUAACCUUCAACCACUAGUAUUGUUUUCCAAAAAAAGGCGGCCGAUUCAAAUUAUUAAAGAGACUAUAAUAAAUGUAAGACUAAGAUGUAAAAACUUACUUAGAUAGGUAUAGAAUUAGUCAAUUUGUUCUGGUGGGAUGUUUUUCUACGAACGUUAUUUUAUUAUUAUCUAAGUAAUUUUCGGUGCUUAUAUUGUUAAAGUAUCGUUCGUUAUUAUAUCCAUACUAUUAAAGUAUUAUUUAUCUCUUCUAAGAGCCACACAAGUACUUAUGUAAGUAAUGUAGAAUAAACUUUUCUUCAUAGGUUCAUUUUGUACUAACUGUGUAACUAAUUUUAAAGUAAUUUAAUUGUUUGUAGUUAUGUACGUAUUGAAACAAGUGACAUCAGUGACAAAGUCCAACGACAAAUAAGCCUAGAGUCUGUUAGCCUGUAUUAUGUGUUAGACCUUAAAAUCUGAACAUAGUUCAUAAUGGUACUUCGAAAGAUAUUUACUUCUAGUCAACGAUUUUAAUAUGUGUAUAAGUAAAGCCAAGCAUAGC